AUGGAUGAUCUUAAUGGUUUAGAAUGGUCUGCCGCUUCCAAUACAAAACCAAAUAAAGUAUCACCUGGUACAGGAAAUUACUACCCCACGUUACGUCCAACUCCAUCGCCUGCGAACUCUGGAAGAAAUACCCCUCUGUCUGCUCAAGGGUCAGGAAUCCCAAAAUCAUUGGCGCCGCCUAAAACUACAGCCCCAGACAGCUUCUCGAACCUCGUAUCUUUUGGAUCUUCGAAAACGAAUACGUUGACGUUAGAACAACAGCAAGCGAAGCUACAACAAGAGAAGAGAAGGAAGGAGGAAGAACAAAGGAAGCAAUAUGAUGCGCAGUUUGGUAAUACACAAUUUUGGGAUGGACUGGGCAAUAGGGGAAAGAGUGUUGCAGGGCUAUCUCCAGUACCAUCACCAAUUUCUGCCAUGACGAGCCAACCUCUCACGUCCCCAUUUGCGCUAACUACCUCUCCACCACCAAUUGGAGACGGUACUGGCAAUUCUGGUGACGAUGAUCUUUUUGCAGCGUUCAAUAAAGAUACCCAAGUAGAUAAAUCCAGUCAUUAUCCACCACCUUCUGCCUCUUCAAGUCGUGCGCAUACUCCAGGAUUUGGCACAACCAGUAUACCCGAUCUGAGUAAACCGCAAGCUUGGGAUCAACCAAUAAGUGGUUCGGGUGAUUUUGGGGAUGACGAUGAUCCAUUCGGAUUGGGUCAGAUGAAACCACCAACCUCUGCGCCCGUAUCAAUAUCAAAUACGACGGAUGAUGAUGACUUCUUGGGAGAUUUAGGAAAGCCAGUAGAAGAAGUAAGGAGGCCUACACCUGCGGUAAUGGAAUUACGUGCCGAAUCAAGCUCUGAUGAUGAAGAUUCUGAUGAUCCUUGGGAUAAGGCCGUUGCUGAACUUGUGGAUAUGGGAUUUACGGCAGAACAGUCGAGGCUUGCUUUGACUGAAGGUGGUUCUGGUCUUGACAUACAGGCAGCUGUUGGAUGGAUACUUAAUGAUGCACAUGCACAAGCUAAGGCAAAGACACAACCUAAGGAGCCUAGUCACCGGAAUGGUUCCGCUUCACACGGGGAAAGGAGGAAUGCAUCGACGGAUGGUCGGAAAGGAAACCCGGCUUGGAUGCGAGAAGAAAUAAGAUCUCAAUCACAGCAACCUCGAAGAGAAGGCAAUCAUUCACCAAAUAACGAAAAUGACUUUUCGAAAACUGCUGCUGCUGUUGGAAGUAAUAUAUUCAAGACUGCAAAUUCGUUUUGGAAGACAUCCCAGAAGAAAAUUGAAAAAGCGGUUGCCGAAUUCCAAGCCGAUGUUGAUCCAAGCCAACCGAAAUGGAUGAGAGAGGCAGCAGAAAGAGAGGCUAUGUCUGAACAGCGUGCAAGGCGUGCAACAGCCGAAGCUGCUAAAAUUACUCCUGAUGUUACGGAUGAAGCUCUUGCUUUAGAAAGCGGAUCCAGACCACCGCCAAGGAAAUCGAAAGCUGCUGCAUCUGAUUCGGGUGCUUCACGUGACAUAUCUCCUGUUGCUGCGCGAUUCCCGCCGGAGCGACCUACAUCUAAUCCGCGAUGGCAACAAACACGACCUCAAAGUCGACCUACUCCACCUUUAGCAGAUUCUAAACUACGAGUAAGCAAGCAAGCCAUAGAAGAGCAAAGUGCUCAGGCAUACGUUAGUCCUUCUCGACGGAGAAAGGCUACUCCUCAACCUCAGCCUACACGAGAACCAGAACCAGAUCUUCUAUUCGCUCCGUCGUCACAAUCAAGGUCAGCAUCAAAACCAGUACCAUCUAGAGCAAGACCAACACCGUCGCCCAAACCUUCAACACCGGUGCCAUCUAGACCAAAAGCUCCGCCACGUGCGAUUCCAGCUAUUUCUCCUAUUGCCUUGAAAUCUUCCACACAACAUCGCUUAGAAGGCAAAGCACAUUUCGACCGUGGUGACUACUCCACAGCCCAUACAUCCUACACUUCUUCUCUUUCACCCCUCCCCCAAAAUCAUCCAAUAAUAAUCUUCCUUCUUGCCGAACGAGCCUUUAGCUCGGUCAAAACUGGCCACCCACGUGAAGCCAUAACGGAUUCUGAUCGUGCUAUCGAGAUCAUCGGAUCCUCUCGUGGACAAGACGAAAUUAUUGAUUUAAGUACUGGUGCUGCAGAUGAUCGUAAAUCCAUGAAAGAAUAUUGGGGCAAAGCUUUAACGAGCAAAGCCGAAGCAUUAGAAGCACUUGAAAAAUGGAAAGAUGCAAGUGAAGUCUGGAAAUUAUGCAUCGAAGGUGGUGUGGGUGGAGCUACCGCUAUACAAGGUCGUCAACGCUGCGAUAAAGCCCUCACACCUCGCCCCGCUUCCCGCCCUGCUCAAACACCCCGGCCCAAACCCUCGGCUACUGCUUCAUUAGCUCCAACCCCCGACUCGGAAGCAGUCCUACGCUUACGUGCCGCCAAUCAAGCUGCGGACAAAGCAGAUGAUGAAAAGUUAGCUUUGGUAGACAAAGUUGAGGAAAGAGUCAAUAAGUGGAGAGAAGGGAAACGGGAUAAUUUAAGAGCCUUGAUUGGGAGUAUGGAGAAUGUGCUUUGGGAUGGGAGUGGGUGGAAGAAAGUGGGCUUGCAUGAGUUGGUUAUUAACUCCAAGGUUAAAAUUAAUUAUAUGAAGGCGAUUGGGAAGUGUCAUCCUGAUAAGCUACCACAAGGUGCAUCGCAAGAAGUGAGGAUGAUUGCUGCGUUGGUCUUCUCGACCUUGAAUGAGAGUUGGGAUAGUUUCAAGGCGCAGAAUGGCAUGUAG